CCUGAAAUCCUGGCGGUGAUAGGAAAAAUUCCGUAUCUUUCAGAGCUUUUGAACUCUCUCUACGAGUGCCAAUACAAGUCGUUUUUCUCAGCAUUUGGUACUUUUUCAGAUUUUCCCUGUUCUUGUCAUGCUGUGUACUACCUGAGUUAAUUCAUUCAAUACAUGAAACAAGAAGCUUGGCUUCCUCUGCAUUCACUGAAACUUGUUCUCUUGUCUCAUGGGCCAUUAAUUGAUCACUUGCUGUGGAAUGAUACUUUACAGCUGGGCUGACUGAGCAUAUCAAAAUGGACCAAUAUCUGCAGCCACAUUUCCGGUACUACAUGAGGGAGGUCAGAACAGUGGUCUAUUCUCAGUUCCUGGAAUCCUACAAGAGUGUCACCAUUGAGGCCAUGGCAAAGGCUUUCGGUGUGACUGUGGAGUUCAUUGAUCUGAAAGCAACUUGAUUUACUUCCAGUUUUUAACUAUAUUGGUCUUCGCUGCUUGAAUGUAGAUAUUAUUCACUGCAUUUUGCGAGGAGGCUGUGUGUCUAUUGCAAGUCUGAACUUGUUUUGUGUUUUCUGUUCAGGGAACUGUCAUGCUUAAUUGCAUCAGGGAAGCUUCAUUGCAAGAUUGAUAAGGUAGCUGGCGUCCUUGAAACCAAUCGGCCCGAUGCAAAGAAUGCUCUGUACCAGGCAACUAUUAAACAAGGAGACUUCUUGCUGAACCGCAUCCAGAAUUUGUCACGUGCGAUUGAGGUGUGAAGUAGGUAGCUGUAUUUAGGUUGCAUGGUUCGUAGGGAAAACCAUGAGCGUGCUGACUUCAUCUCCAUUGUAGGGAAGACUGGUUUCGUUUAUGUUGAUUGUGUUCCAACUAUUGGGGGUGUAUUCAGCUAGUGGGCAGUUCCGGGUUUUUAUUUGAAUCGACCCAGUGAUGCCUAGUUAAUUAGAUUAUACCGCACUCUGCUUUUUCAAGAGGUUGGUACUUGGUAGUGCAAAGCUUUGUUAUCCCAUACUUGCAAUGCAAGCUUUGUUACAUGAACUAAAGCACGCAGCCACAGUGCAUCUCUUCUGAUACUUGCAAUUCGAGCUUUGUUACGUCAAAUAAAGCACGUUGUCACGUUGCCUCUCUUCUGAUUUGAUCUAAGGCCAUCCUUGGAUUGAUACUCUGCUGUUGGUAGGGAUGACAAUCAAACCCAUGUCCACGGGUAUUCGCCCGUCUCCCGACCCGGUCAACGCGUGGAAUCCCCGCUUUGACUGGGUAUGGGGCGGGUAUGGGUAAAACUCGCAAAAUGUUUGAUGGGUACGGGGCGGGUAUGGUUUUAGCCUCCCCGCCCCAUACCCAUACCCGCCCCACUAAGAAUAUUUGUUCACAUAUAAAAAAUACAUGGAUAAAAUAGUAAUCUAUCAAUGAUAGUGAGGGUAAAUAAAAAAAAUAAUUAGUAGAAAUGCAAUUGAAUGGUCACGCAAAUCAAAACCUAAUUCAUUUUCCUCAACUCUCUCUUCACUCUUUCACUUUUCCCUCCUGUUAGCAAGAUUAUAUUAGUUCAUUAUUGUUUAGUAUAUGUAUUAGAAUCAGAUAAAUAAUGAUUUGGAUUACAUUGUAGUACUCUAUUUUAUGGAUUAAGGGAAAUUUUAGGAUAAAAUAUUUUGAACCAUAUUAAGAUAGGUGGCAAUUGUAUUUGCCUCUAAAGAUUAUUUGAUUUGUCUCAAUAUGACAUGUUAUAAGUAACAUUUGUAUGUGUUUCUAAAAGUAAUUAGAUUUGUCCCUAUAUGUAUCAUUUAUAUAAUAUACAGGUGCAAAUAGAAUAAAUGUCUCUAAAGCUAUUAUCUUUAAUUUAUCUUAUGUCAAUUAUAAUCGAAUUUUGUCAAAUAGAGACAAAUAAUUUCACCUCCGAGACAAAUAAUAUUUUUGCUCCUUAAGCUUAGCUAUAGAAACUACAAUUUUGUCAAAUCAAAUAUUGGAUACUUUUUUGAAAAAUAUACAGUUCCACUUGUGUAUCAUCCUAAUAAAUAAUGCAAUUUGGAAAAGGAAAAAUUCUCAUGACGUCUUUUUAAACAAUUUUGAUUCCACACCAAUUUUAUGCGAUUACUAUGUCAAUAUGAUAAGCUAUCAUUGUAAAUGUUACAUGAUCAUUGCAAAACAACGCAAUUAGAGAAUUUUCAUCCCUUCAUCACUUUAGUAUUCUAGCCUAUAAAUUGACCAAUGCAAAGAGAUUUUUCAUUAUGGAGGAAGGAAAAUGUUAUUUAUAUCAAUCGGGUGACUCAAACCAAAUAAAAAUUACUAGAUCUCGAAUAAAGUGGAUGAAUCCAAAUGGAAGUAAUCAAAUCUUGAGUAACAACCUUAAAAAAAUGAUUUUGAUAACCAUACAAUGGUUGUUCUUUCAAAACUCAAGUCUUCAUUUUCCAGACCUUAUUAUUUUAAUCUCAAUAUUGUUAUGAAUUGUAUCGUAUUUAAUACUUAUUAGUUUUCUGCCCGCCCGUUGGACGUUGCGUUUUAUUUUGUUGUUUUAUUUUACGGUCAUUUUAUCAUAUUCUUUCUUAUUUAUUUUGGGCGUAUGCAACAGUACUUGUAUUUUAUAUGUCUUGUUUGUUUUUCUUUCGCAUUAGUUGUCCUUCCUAUUUGAGUUUAGGACUUAAAUUGGUUUUACACUUUUACUAUGAACAUAUGCGUUGCGUUGCGUUUGAAACUGAGGCAUAAUGUAUUUAUGGAUUGAGUUCAAAAAGCUCAUAUGACAGAUGUAGUAGUUAGCUGUUGUUUGCACAUUUUUUUAUAUGAUUUUUUAUACAUUGUUAAUCUAAUUUGUCUUGUUCAUGUUAUUAUUUCACGUAUUUGUAUUUUGAGAUGUUUAUGAUGUAGGUAAUUGAAUUAGAUAGCUCUUUGUAGGAGUUUUUUUUUUUUUUUUGUAUUUAGAAGUUUAUGUAUGUCAUUUAUGAUUUAAGUAUUGAAGUUUUUGUCCUGUAAGGACGACAUAAGAGCGCGAAUGUGAAGAAAUGUGAAAAUCGUUAUUUGUAUUGAUUGCAUGGUGACGGUUCCCAGUUUUUGUCUCUGUUUGAUGAAUGUAUAAUUGAGCCAACUUCGUAGUUGAACCUACCACCGCUAAUAGACUGCCAAUUUGAUCAUAAAUUUGACAUCCAGUAGAAAACAUAUAAUCCCGACACCCUCAAAGCGUGAUAAAUCUUUCCACCCAUGGAGCUAAAACAGAGGACACCAUUAUAUAUCCUGAUAUAGUCACAAAGUGCUUGGCAACUUCAUUGUUUGACUGCAAUAGAUCUUUAAAAAUUCUGGAGGCUCUCAAGUCGGAGAAAAUUUUACUUUGCCUUUCUUAAAACAAAGAGUGAAUUUUGAAGCCCUGAAUUUAGAGAUUGGGAUGUGCUUACUUCUUUCCAUAUAACAACCUCACAAUAUAUACAUUUACUGGAAAGAGGGCAAAGAGAAAAACCUUCAACAUGCUUGAACAACGAUAGAAAAUGAUUUUUUCUUACUUUUUAGCAAAAAAUAUUUGGAUAUUUCUAUCCAUGCGUUUAGCUUUAGCAUUUAGCUUAGCAAGUAGUUGCAACCUAAAAAUAAUUAUAGGAAAUGAUAUUAUCCAAUCAUCAAGAGAAACACCCAAUAUAUAGAAAAUUUCAAAAUUAAAGGAAGUUAAACUACCAGUCAAGUAGCAAAAUAUUGGUAAAGUCGUCCUCUUUGAACAAAACACCAUCUAUCGUUUCAUUCUUACUGUUCUAGUAAUUAAGGACUUGAUUGGCCUUCACUGUGCUUGAAAAUGUUAUACCAAAACCAAUCUCAAAUAUCUAUUUGAAUAGUGGUAUUUGUCGACUACAAUACAACUCAAUUGACACUGUCUUGCAACACCUUAUUCAUCGACCGAGUCUGAUGCCUCAAUACAAACAACAAUUGGUAAGAAAUCAAUUAGGCUAAAAUCAAAGUUUGAAUUAACGAUCCACUUAGGCGAAAACAACACAACCAAAACCAAAAUAAUAUCUUUUUUAUGCAAAAAAAUAAUAACUUUCAUUUUGUACAAAUUGAAAGAACUUCAAAAUAGAAACCCACGGCAAUUGGUAAGAAAUCAAAGUGUAAGAACUUCAAAAUAAAGAUAAUCUCAUGCAUAAAUACAAACAUAAAUUGGGAAGAAACCAAAUUGGACCGUGUCCAUUAAGGGACAUCUGUUGGGCCGAGAAGAAAUACAAAGCGUCCCAACGUAGGGUUUAUUUAUUUAUUUUUAUUUUUUUUUGUGAAAGAAGCUAACCAAUUUUCCAUUUUUCCUCCGAUGAUGGGAGAUGAUGAGGAGCAGCCGUGUGCUGAUGUGGCAGUAAAUUGGAUUUGAAUCUCUAUAAUAUUAAGUAAGGAUACUACUACGUACUAUAUUUCUAAAACUCAAUAUCGCUAUUGCAAAACAAUUCAAAAUUCAUAGAAUAAAAUAAAAACAACUAACAAGUCUUCAUUAUUCAGACCUCAUCGGGGUGGGAUACUAUGCUAACCCCUAAAGGGGUAGUGAUUUUCAACACCCCCUUUAUGAUUGGCCAAUUUUAUUUCAAUCAUUGGCAAGUAUUAAUUAAACUGGUUUUUUAUUUUUUUAAUCUUGUAAUUUGGGGUCUCUCACCCACAUUGGAAAGGGAAAGAAUAUGGGGAAUCUGAAAAAAAGCUCCCCCCCAAAUGUGCAAUUAAUUGCCUUUUUUUCUUCCUUUCGUCUCCUUCUCUCUCCAUUUGGGCCCUCUUUUCAUUUUGAUUUCAUUUUAACCAGAACCCUCCUCUACUCUGAAACGACCAAAACCCUCCAGCGCCUUCCCCCACCACCAUCCUCCUAUCUCCAGCUGCCGCCAUCCUGGGAUCGCCUCUGACUUACCUUGUGGAUUGCUCGCACCAGUGGAGUGGUACGUGUACCAGUGGAGUGGUACGUGUACCAGUGGAGUGGUACGUGUACCAGUGGAGUGGUAUUUGUACCAGUGGAGUGAUACUGCAUUGUUGCUCCGUUAUUGUUUAUCAUUGUUAUGAAAAAUAUCAUUGCACUGGUAUUGUUCUCACUCUAACCUACCUUGUGGAUUGCUCGCACCAGUGGAGUGGUACGUGUACCAGUGGAGUGGUACGUGUAAUUAAUGUACCAGUGAGAGAAAUUAAUUAUGUAAUUAAUGGGGGUGAUUUCGUUUUUCCCCAGAUUCUUUCUCUUUUCCAAUGUGGUGAGAGACCCCAAAUUACAAGAUUAAAAAAAAAUAAAAAACCAGUUUAAUUAAUACUUGCCAAUGAUUGGAAAUAAAAUUGGCCAAUCAUAAAGGGGGUGUCAAAAAUCACUACCCCUUUAGGGGUAGUCAAGCUAACCGAUCCGACCUCAUCACUAUAAUCCCAACAUUUAUUAUGGAUUGUAUCAUAGUUACACUACUACCAUAUUUUUAAACCUCGAUAUCGUUAUUGCAAAACCAUUCAAAAUUUUAAAAAAUUAAAUCAAACUACACAAAGGUCAUUUUUUUUAUGUCACACUCAACCCGCCGUUGCCGCUUGAAAUUUCUCAAUCCAUAUCCCCUUUAUAUUUUUUGUUGUCUCCUUUUCCGGGUUUCGCACCGAGUGGGCUGGCGAAUAGAAAAGUCCGAGAAAACAAAUUCUCCCCUCUCUCUCUCUAGCCCGGACCGCGUGACCAGCAGUCGUACAACGUAAUCUUCUCCCUCUACACACCCAAAUAGAACUUUCAUUUCCUUUGAAAUUUCCACCUCUCUCUGCUCUCUCGCUCUUUAGUCUACUCCGCCUCCAUUUCGAAAACUCAAAUUCUUUUGGUUUCGUUCCCAAGUCUCUCUUCCCAACUUCUCCUUCUCUUCCGCAUCUAGCUCCACUUCGCGCCAUGGCCGGACGCUUCGACCCCAAUCCUUUCGACGAGGAGGAAGUGAAUCCAUUCUCGAAGCCUGCAAACUCAAGAUUGUCGCCGCUUCCUCCAGAGCCUGCGGGUUUCGGUGGCUAUAAUCAUGGGGCAACAGUUGAUAUUCCCAUUGAUUCAUCUACGGACUUGAAAAAGAAAGAGAGGGAACUGCAGGCCAAGGAGGCUGAACUUCGCAGGAGGGAACAGGAUAUCAAAAGACGGGAAGAAGCAGCUUCCAGAGCUGGAAUUCAACUGGAGGAGAAAAAUUGGCCACCUUUUUUCCCAAUCAUCCACCAUGAUAUAUCCAAUGAGAUACCAAUUCACCUGCAAAGGAUUCAGUAUGUUGCUUUUUCGACGUUCUUAGGAUUGACUCUCUGCCUUCUGUGGAAUAUAGUUGCUGUGACAACAGCGUGGAUCAAGAAUGAAGGUGUGAAGAUAUGGUUUCUUGCCAUUAUCUACUUCAUAUCAGGAGUUCCAGGAGGCUAUUUCUUGUGGUACCGCCCACUGUACCGAGCAUUUCGGACUGAUAGUGCUUUGAAGUUUGGGUGGUUUUUCUUCUUCUAUCUGAUCCAUAUCGGCUUCUGCAUUAUUGCUGCGGUUGCUCCUCCCAUCUUUUUUAAAGGAAAAUCUCUCACUGGCGUGCUGGCUGCAAUCGAUGUUAUAGGGAAUAGCCUUCUUGUUGGGAUCUUCUACUUCAUUGGGUUCGGGCUCUUCUGCGUUGAAAUUGUUCUCAGCAUCUGGGUUCUCCAGCAAGUAUACAUGUACUUCCGCGGAAGUGGUAAAGCAGCAGAGGUCAGGCGUGACGCUGCGAGAGGAGCAGUGAGAGCAGCAAUAUGAUAACAUUAUCUCCCAACGCUUUCAGAGAACAAACAGGUUAAGACUGCCAUGUGGAUAGCUUCUACGUACAUGUUUCCUUUAUAGAGAGUGAUAUGCCUCCCCUGCCUGCCUAUGCUUUAUCCGAGAAUCAGUCUCUUUGUUUAACAGACGAAAGUUUUCAUUACCUUUUGCAAUUCCAUUUCUCGUUGGAGUGUUCUGCUCACCCGUUUUGUACAUCUGAUUGUACCGAAGAGAUCGAGAGAUUUAUUUUCGUGCUCUAGUAUUAGUUUUCUUCCGGGUGAAAGUUGAUUGAUUGUGAUGCUACAUGUAUCUCAGUAUUCCAGCAAAAUUUUGAAUCAUGUUGCUUUCUUCCUGCUGCUCCAGCUCUAGUUUUAGAGACCCAUAUGGCAACUCUUUAGCUUGCUCUUUGGUUCGUAUUAGCAAGUCAAAACCUCGCGCCCUUCAGUUCUCUCUUCACUUGUUGCCCAUGGAAAUGUUCGUUCCUUCGAAGCUACUCUUCUCUCUGGGUUUUUACUCCAGCUAUCUGAGUCUUUGAAUUCGUCAUCCUGGGAGGUCCUUCCGCCUUGUCAAAUGUUUAAGUUUUCACCAAGUUCAUGGGCAAUUGAAAUCUGCAUACAGUCUGAAUACGGUAGGCUGGAUACUACAAGAUCAAAUGUCCAUCCAGUCUCUGCCUGCCAAAUGGCGAAGAUAGAAGGUUGACCUGAAAUUUAAUGUACUUGGAAGUAGUUGAGAUACAUUGAAAAGUUCACCGUUAGCCGACCAGUGUGAUUACCACAAGUUCCACAACUACACAGCUUUCAGGACAGCCCGGAAAUGGUUAUUUGGUCAUCCAUAAGUUUAUUGCGAGCAUCUACCAUAAUUAACCUAGUAAAAACUGCCAUAGUGA